GUCCACAGCUCUAUGGGGAAAGCGGCCGCUCUGAGCCGAGGCGGCGGCUGCGCUGGCCGCUCCCGCGGGCUCUCGUCGCUGUUCACGGUUGUGCCCUGCCUGUCCUGCCACACGGCGGCGCCGGGCAUGAACUCGUCCACCUUCGGCUCAGGGCCGACGCCAAAGCCUCAGCUCCAGCCUGUGCAGGCACCAGAGCAGGAGUUGCUGUCGGAACAGGUGUGCCAGCCAAUUUCUGAGCCGGCGUCGAGAUCCGAACCUGGGUCCCAGACGACUUCUGUGCCAAGGCCCUUAGAGGCUGGGCAGGAAUCGGAACUACAGGACUUGUGGCCGGGGUCAGAGGCCGACCUAAGAGCAGGGUCUGUGCCUUUCACCAAAGCUUCACCAGAGGAGAGUUUGCCAGUCGCCAAACUACGACCAGGUCAGGCGAAGACUUCUGCGGGGAUCCCAGUGUCAGGGACUAGUGUCCUAAUGGUCUCACCACCUCUGGACAGCUACAAGGGUUGGCUCCUCAAGUGGACUAACUACCUGAAGGGCUACCAGCGCCGCUGGUUCGUGCUUGGCAAUGGCCUGCUGUCCUACUACAGAAACCAGGGUGAAAUGGCCCACACCUGCCGUGGAACCAUCAACCUGGCCUCCGCACACUUUGAAACAGAGGACUCUUGUGGAAUCUUGUUAUGCAACGGGGCAAGAACCUACCACCUCAAGGCCAGCUCAGAAGUGGAUCGGCAGCAAUGGAUCACCGUUCUGGAGUUGGCCAAGGCCAAGGCUAUUCGUGUGAUGAAAACUCAGUCAGAUGAUUCUGGGGACGACGACGAAGAGCCUGCUGCCCCAGCUGACAAGAGUGAGCUCUACCACACUCUUAAGACCCUCUCACUGAAGUUAGAUGGCCUCAGCACAUGCAAUGACCUCAUUGCCAAGCAUGGCGCUGCCCUCCAGCGCUCCCUGAAUGAACUGGACAGCCUCAAGAUCCCAUCAGAGAGUGGGGAGAAGCUGAAGGUCGUGAACGAGCGGGCCACCCUCUUCCGCAUCACAUCAAAUGCUAUGAUCAACGCCUGUAGGGACUUCCUGGAACUAGCCGAGACUCACAGCCGGAAAUGGCAGCGGGCUCUGAAUUAUGAACAGGAGCAGCGUGUCCACUUGGAGGAAACCAUUGAGCAGUUGGCCAAGCAGCACAACAGUCUUGAACGGGCCUUCUGCAACACCCCUGGCGGGCCAGCCAGCUCCAACAAGAGCUUCAGCGAGGGAAGCUUCUUGACUUCCAAAGGAGAGAACAGUGAAGAAGAUGAAGAUACUGAGUACUUUGAUGCCAUGGAAGACUCUACAUCUUUCAUCACCGUAAUCACCGAGGCCAAGGAAGACAGAAAGCCUGAGAGUGGACCUGGGACGACCUCUACAGACUGGACCUCAGCAGAUAAUGUAUUAGAUGGUGCCUCAUUCAUGCCCAAGGAUACAUGCAAAGUUAAGAGGCGAGUCCGCAUCCCUGACAAACCUAACUAUAGCCUUAACCUCUGGAGCAUCAUGAAGAACUGUAUUGGCCGAGAGCUCUCCCGAAUCCCCAUGCCGGUGAACUUCAAUGAGCCCCUGUCCAUGCUCCAGCGACUUACAGAGGACCUCGAGUACCACCACCUGCUGGACAAGGCGGUAAACUGCACCAGCUCGGUGGAGCAGAUGUGCCUGGUAGCUGCCUUUUCUGUGUCCUCUUACUCCACCACGGUGCACCGCAUCGCCAAGCCCUUCAACCCUAUGCUGGGGGAGACCUUUGAGCUGGACCGUAUGGAGGACAUGGGCCUGCGUUCCCUCUGUGAGCAGGUGAGCCACCACCCCCCAUCUGCUGCCCACCACGUAUUCUCUAAGCAUGGCUGGAGCCUCUGGCAGGAAAUCACCAUCGCCAGCAAGUUCCGGGGGAAAUACAUCUCUAUCAUGCCACUUGGUGCCAUCCACCUAGAAUUCCAGGCCAGUGGCAAUCACUACGUGUGGAGGAAGAGCACCUCCACCGUGCACAACAUCAUCGUGGGCAAGCUCUGGAUUGACCAGUCAGGGGACAUUGAGAUUGUGAAUCACAAGACCAAGGACCGGUGCCAGCUGAAGUUCGUGCCCUACAGCUAUUUCUCCAAAGAGGCAGCCCGGAAGGUAACUGGAGUGGUGAGUGACAACCAGGGCAAGGCCCACUAUGUGCUAUCAGGUUCGUGGGAUGAGCAGAUGGAAUGUUCUAAGAUCGUGCACAGCAGCCCCAGCUCUGACGGGAAGCAGAAAACCGUGUACCAGACGCUGCCAGCCAAGCUGCUGUGGAGGAAAUACCCACUGCCGGAGAACGCAGAGAACAUGUACUAUUUCUCGGAGCUGGCCCUGACCCUCAAUGAGCAGGAGGACGGUGUGGCACCCACCGACAGCCGCCUGCGGCCGGACCAACGGCUGAUGGAGAAGGGGCGUUGGGACGAGGCCAACACCGAGAAGCAGCGGCUGGAGGAGAAGCAGCGCCUGUCCCGGAGACGGCGGCUGGAGUCCUGCACGGCGGGCUGCGGUGGGGAGGAUGAAAAGGAGUCAGACAGCUAUUCGCCUCUGUGGUUCGAGAAGAGGCUGGACCCGCUGACCGGGGAGAUGGCCUGCAUGUACAAGGGCGGCUACUGGGAGGCCAAGGAGAAGAAGGACUGGCAUAUGUGCCCCAACAUCUUCUGAGCCACUCCUGCGGCAAAUACAGGCGCCUGCACUGCCUGCCAGCCUUUUCUUUAAUGCACCCAAUUUAAUACAGAACCCACACACGCGGGCGCACACACACAUGCGCGCGCGCGGAACACCACCGCUUUAGAAGGGGUGAGGGCUGACCUGGGUUCUUGCCAGCCCCCAGGUCACCUGUGCCCGUUGUUAUCAUUGACUUGGGCCCCAUGGGCACCCUAGUUCUCAGUUACCACAACUCAGGCCGGCUGGCUGGGCCAUGGGCUGCCCAGGUCACUAACCCCAACCCAGGGAGGAAAUACUCCACCCCCACCCCAAGCUAGGGAGCCUCCUUUGACUUUUUUAAGAAAAAAAGAAAUCUCCAUUUCUUUCCAACGAUGAGGUUUAGUAAAUAUUUUUAGCAUAUCACCUAGAAGACUCACUGUCCUGGCAAGAAGUCCUUUUUUAAAGACAUGAGGAAGUCAGGCCCCUUUGAAUGGGAAGCACUUUUACCACAGUCAGGCUUUCUAUCUGGACUGUCUAAACUCCAGGAGCGCAACACCCACAGAGGCAGCAGGAGCCUGGCUGGCAGGUGCAGCAUGGUGUGCAGAGCCCGCAGGGAGAGCAGGAAGGCAGUUGAAGGCAGCCCGUGCCAGGCCUUAGCCAUGCUGGGACAGUACUCCAGCCCCAAAGAGGCCAAGAAGGGCUGAAAGGCAGGGCCCUGAGGUGCUUCUUGCCCAAGAAUCAGGCCCCCAAAUCAGCAAUAAGGAACAAACCCUUCAUUUAGCCUGGGCUGGUGACAGGCUCCUGACACCUGGCCUCCCGCCUUUCCUUAGGUGGCAUCAGGGUGCCUCUCCUCAGCACUCCUGGCAUCUUUAUUUGCCUAAUUUAUAGAUAUGAUAUACAAAUAUAUAUAACAUAACUAUUUUGCUUAAAUUUCUAUGAUGCGUGAAAGUGAAAAAUGAUGAAGACAGGCAUGCCUGUCUGAGUUUGGCCUCCUGUCGGCCUUGCCCUCUCCUUGUAGCCCUCCCAGUGGCUUCUGCCAACCUUGGAAAUGAAACCUGUCCCUCAGACCCUCUGCCUCCAAUCCAUCUCACUUCAGUUUGAUCUGGAAAGUUCCUUGCAGGGCCUUUCUUUCUACUCCAGGCCUGGUUUUGUUUUUUGUUUUGUUUUUUAUUAAAAAAAAAAAAGAAAAAGAAAACACCACGUAUGAAAUGCCUUACAAUGCCCACUCUAGAGAUGGGAUGGGGGAGGGGGGGAGAGUACCAGGUCUCCCUCAGAGCUGGACUGUACCUCUUCCCAGCAGGCUGAGCAAGCACCUUCUUGACCAUAAUAAAAACCUUGGUUCUGGAGUUUUCCACA